UCCAUGAUAUAAAUUUCUCCGUCUUAGGCACAUCACUAAAAUUUCAGACAUGCCAGUUCUAUUUUCUCGACUGGGAAAUUCCAUCCCCUUCUCCGGCCUUUUCAGGCAACUGGAGCAAGAGAUGGAAACUGUCAUAAGGGUUUUGCAGCCUGGACCUUUGGGGAUUAUUGAACACAAGUUUUCUGCUGAGGAGAUUCGCUGGGCACAAGCCACUGUUCGCGAAGCGGUAAAUAACUGGCGAAGGAAUACAUGUAUUGAAAAACAAAGUAGUAUGUGAAGUAAUCGUAGUUAGGAAUUAUACUGUUUCCAUAGAGAUUUUGAAUGACAUGUUGUGUAAUUGCUUUAUGAGUUUCUGAAUAAAAAUUAGAUUAAAUAGUGAUAUUCACUAAA